UGGUAUUAGGUAUUGCCAUGGUGCGGUUUUAUAUACAGAAAGGAACACAUAGAGGCUUAUUCAGAAGCGUUCAAAAGACGCUUAAAUUUUUCCAGACAUUUGCUUUGCUUGAGGUAGUCCACUGUGCAGUUGGAAUAGUUCACACAUCUGUGCUUGUGACUGGGGUCCAAGUGAGUUCAAGAAUCUUCAUGGUGUGGUUCAUUGCACAUAGUAUAAAACAGAUCCAGAAUGAGGAGAGCGUUAUUCUUUUUCUGGUCGUAUGGACUGUGACAGAGAUUACUCGAUAUUCCUUCUACACAUUCAACCUGCUCAACCAUUUGCCAUACUUCAUUAAAUGGGCCAGAUACAACUUUUUUAUCAUUUUGUAUCCUGCUGGAGUUGCAGGUGAACUGCUAACCAUAUAUGCUGCUUUACCCUAUGUGAAGAAAACAGGAAUGUUUUCACUGAGACUUCCCAACAAAUAUAAUGUCUCCUUUGACUACUAUUACUUCCUUAUUAUUGUCAUGUUCUCCUAUGUGCCAUUAUUUCCACAACUCUACUUCCACAUGCUGCGGCAGAGAAGAAGGGUGCUUUAUGGAGAAGUGAUUGUGGAAAAGGAUGAUUGAAUCAAGCCGUGUAACUAUGGUGCUUUUAAUGGAAAAAAAAGGAGGGCAAAAAACUAAAACUUCCUGUGAUUUUUCUGAGUCCAAGUUUUAAAACAUGGAACAAGAAUAAACAACUGUGUAU